CCGAGGAUUUCCAGGCAGCAGACAGUCUACGGCCCGGGACAGAGGGACCAGGACCAGCCUCGGGGGGUGAGAGCUCGUCGUGGACCCUCUUCCUAUCGAUACGUGCGAGUUACGUAUUUUCGAGUGUCGGUUGCCCUUGAAAGUUCCACGGACUUUGGAACGGGGUAUUUUUUUUUUGUUGGCCCGAACUCGAGGCCGGACUUUGCAAAACGGUGACGAGGAUCGGUCUUCGGGGACGUUCGCGCGGAGCCAGUGCAUUCACGGAGAGAGGCAUCCCGAUAGAGAUUCCACGCUUGUGUGAUCGUUAACGUUACCAGAGCGGAGAGGGGGAGGAGAACGCAGCCGAUCAGCGGUAAGGGAAGAAGAGGCCGAAGAGGAACAAGAAGCGGAGAUGAACGCAGUCGUUUGGCCGGGGACUGCUCGGAGCACGUGCCUCGCACGCAGAAGGCGCUCCGAGCGGCAUCAGGUGCGUUAAUCGAAGACAGAUCUGCGAUAGAAACGAGAAAUCGAACGCUGAUAAUCAUCCCGCGAGAGUAACGUGUGCUUGCACCACGAGUUUCACGACGUUUCACUUAUCCGGGUCGAUCAUCGUCUAAUGAAACGACAAGCAGGAAUGACCGGUCGUGCCGUUCACGCAUCGAGGACGAUCUCGAUGAUCGGUUUGCUGACGUUUCUGUUGAUGUUUCUUGGAUUCGACAGCAUGGGACACGCGAGUGGACACGAUGCUGACCGCGCUGCGAACCAUCGACAGGAUUCGAGUUCUGCCACAGUACCAGUAUUCAUCUCCCCGGUUGGCAAUCAGACAGCCGCGAUUAGCCGCGAUGUCGUUUUUUCGUGCAGCGUUCGCAACAUAGGAAAAUACAAGGUUGGCUGGCUACGUGCCUCGGACCAGACGAUUCUCUCGAUCCACAUGAGGACGGUAACGCAUAAUGCACGUAUCUCGGUCUCGUACGAGACCGACGGAAGUUCCGGGUCCGGUGCGGUAUCCGGUAACGCCUUGGGGGUGACAGGAAGCAGCCAAGCCACGGAGGAAGUCGUCAACGGCACGUGGCGGCUCCACAUUCGUAAUUUAAAGGAGUCGGAUAGGGAUUGUUAUAUGUGCCAAAUUAACACCAGCCCGAUGAUAUCCGAAAUCGGAUGUCUGGACAUACUCGUUUCACCGGAUAUCGUUUCCGGGGGUGAUACCAGCGCCGACUUGGCAGUCUCGGAAUGCGACAACGCGACUCUGAGCUGCAGUGCGACGGGAAGACCAACCCCAAGAGUGUCCUGGCGAAGGGAAGACGGAGAACCCAUUCUUAUAAGGGCCUCUUCUGCCGGUGGUAGCACUUUCGAGAAGUACGACACCUACAACGGUUCGCUGCUGCAAUUCCAUCGCGUCGAGAGGCGACAAAUGGGGGCAUAUCUCUGCAUCGCCAGCAACGACGUGCCGCCCGCAGUUAGCAAGCGAGUGACACUCGCCGUGAAUUUUGCACCUGUCGUCAAAGCACCUAAUCAGCUGUUGGGAGCACCUUUGGGCACGAACGUGCAGUUGGAGUGUUACGUCGAGGCAUUUCCAAAUACUGUUAAUUACUGGGUGAAGAACCGACGAGGGUCAGAGGAUGAAUUGCUGAUCGACGGGCAGAAGUAUAACGUGCGAGAAGAACGAUCCGGAUACACAGUUCUGAUGACGCUGUUAAUCAAAGGAUUUACCGAACAGGAUACGGGCAGCUACAAAUGCGUGUCGAAGAACAGUCUUGGGAUGGCCGAUGGCACUUUAAGGCUGUACGUAAUUAAGAUCGGCUUCGACGGAACGUCGCGUGGCAAGAAUCAAGUGUCCAUCAUCGGUGGUUUAGCCGAGGCCGCACAAAGUUCAGGUGCUAACAACGGCAGCAGAGGGUUCAUGGGAUAUAGCAACAAAUUGUCGCAUAUCGUGUUGAUGUUUCUCUUCAUACCGGUGUUUCUCUGGCCGCGGUGAAGAAGGCAUACGCUGUUGGUUACCGCUAAGCUGAGUGCCGGAUAACUUUGUGCCAAAGGACAAGAAUUGAUGCGAGAAUGCUUGUGUAUGUAUGCGUGUGUAUGGAGAGAUCCAGGUGUGCGCGUGAUCGCGAACGUGCACGCGGGGAAUGGAAGAGCGAUCUUGCCUGUAAAGAGCAACGGGAUCGUUUGAACGUGCGUAUGAAUGUUGAAACGGCGAACCAAAAAAAACGAUACAAAACGAAGAGAAAAAAUAAAAUAAAUCGGAGGCUCGCGUUCUCUACAUCUUCCUAUUUUCCCCUUCCCUACUUCCGAGUGUCGAAAACAUUUUUAGAUCAAUGAAUGUUGUCAAUGUACGCGCCCGUUUAAAUCCGUUUGGUUGGGCAUCGAUCGUCGGAUCGACGCGCGACUGAUAGAGACAAGAACCGGAAGCGCGCGA